CCUUCCCUCCCCAUCUGAGCUGGGAAGCAAAGAGUGAAAAACACAAAAGGUGUCAGUCGUUAAGAAUGAUGUUUCAUUUAGUUUAGUUUUAGUUUUACACUCAGUGGCAGUAAAAAGGGUUGAUCAUUUGAUGCAGGUAUAGGAAAGCAUUUGUUAUUAAUUUAUUCACUUUUCAGCUGAAAUUCAGUCAUUAGAAUGCAUCAAGUUUUUUUGGUAGUUUGUAAGUGGAGAGUGUGUUUUUUAUUAUGGGUUGGCGUUUUGACCCUUAUGGGUUUUCUCUAUGGACACUACUUUCUGUCGGGUUUUGAAUUCAACGGUGGCGAUAACCUUCUGCAACGGGUUUCUCAAGGGGUUGUGACUGAGGAUGGAGAGUUUGAGACUGCAAAGCAGCCAGUGGAACAGAGCUCAGGAGAGAGAUUAAUGGUGGACACCAGCGUCACAUUUCAGGAUGAGGGAAAGACUUCCAUGAACAAGCAAAGCAAGGCAAUGAAAUGCACUGUGUCGCUGCGGCAGAGAAUACAAGUACAGCCACAGCUCCACAGUCUCUUCCAGUUUGACGUCCCCGUGCUCGUGAGGAGCCAGCAUUUCAGCACCUCCGAGUGGCAGCGCCUGCAGCACUACCUUCCACCCUACGGCUGGAAAGGACUGCCCAUCAAUGUGGUGUCCUCAGCGCUGAUGCUCCUCAAUGACACGGCUAACAGUGGGCUGUUUGGGGAGCGCUUGGGGGGCGGCUGUAUCCGCUGUGCCGUGGUGGGCAACGGGGGCAUCCUGAACGGCUCGCGCCAGGGCAGAGCCAUCGACGAGCACGACUUCGUUUUCAGGUUAAAUGGAGCAGUGAUCAAAGGUUUUGAAGAGGACGUCGGCACUAAAACCUCUUUCUACGGUUUCACCACCAACACCAUGAAGAAUUCCCUGAUUGCCUACAGGUCGUUUGGCUUUCACAGAAUCCCACAGGAGCAGGGUAUCCGCUACAUUUUCAUCCCGUCUGAGGUGCGGGAUUACGUGAUGCUGCACUCUGCGAUUCAGGGGAUCCCGGUCCCCCACGGACACGAUAAAGGCGAUCAGCCCUGGAAAUAUUUUGGUCCCAACCAUUUGGCAAAAAAGUUUAAGAUGUUGCACCCAGACUUCAUCAGAUACAUCAAAGACAGGUUCCUGAAGUCCCAUUUACUGAAGCUGGCAUACGGACAUGUCUAUAUGCCCAGCACAGGGGCGCUCAUGCUGAUGACUGCACUCCAUGCCUGUGAUGAGGUGUCUGCUUAUGGCUUUAUCACAGACAAUUACAGGGCCUUUUCGGAUCAUUACUAUGAUCGAGUGAAAAAGCCGCUGGUUUUCUAUGCCAAUCACGACAUGCAGCUGGAAUCGCGGCUGUGGAAGAGGCUCCACUCGCUCAACGUGUUUCGGCUUUACCAAAGGACAGUGACAACAUGAAAGCACUCCUUCUUUCAGGGAUGUGCCUGCGGGUCAGUCAGACACAAUCCAGGAAACUUCACUGGCCUGAAUGCUGAAUACAUCCCACUUCGAUCCAAUCGGAGGUUUUAAAAAGAUAGCUCCGGUCUACUUUUAUUUCAAUGAACACGCCUAUUAUUAUUAUUUUAUUUUAUUUUUUUUCUUGGUGAUUUUGGUAAGUAGCUGUAUAUAUUUUUAGACACCAGAUGUCACCAGGCAGGCAGCACCCUGGCUUCAUGAUGCCUCACACUGGAUUAACAAUGAAAUUGCUGCUAUUCUCAGAAUUAUGGAGUGCUGCUGUACAUUUUGUAAUGGUUGCAAGCUAAUGCAAUUGUAGUUUUUCAAAGACAUUUUAAUUUUAAUAAAUGAGUCAACCUAAAAGCA